UAUUGUGUCUGGCACAUAUCAGCGCCCCGAGGGAAGAUGAUCCAUGUUGAAGUCGUUGAUUCAGAACUGGAAUCCUCCACAUCAUGUAGCUAUGACAUCGUGAAAGCCUUCGACGGUGCCACAAAUCAAAGUUCUCUUCUUGAAAACUGGUGUGGUGACAGAGCCCCCACAUUUCAAAGUACAGGAAAUGCCAUGUUAAUAAUCUUCAAAACUGAUAGAAGUAUAAAUGAAAAAGGUUUCCGUCUGAAAUAUUCAAUGACAGAAACACCCUACGCCUGUAGUACAAACGUCUCUGUGACGGCUUCGGGAACGAUGAUCUACUCACCAAUGUAUCCUGUUACUUACCCAAGGCACAGGAAUUGUUGGUGGUACUUAACAGCAGAUCAUUACGUCAACAUCAAACUAAGUGUUCUGGCGAACAGUUUCCGAUCAUCCGGUGACUGUUCUGUGGAUACUAUUUCCAUUAGUGACGAUUCCGGAGAAGUUGGUUCGCUUUGUGGAACUUCCGACCAAACAUUCGUAAGUUCUGGGCACAAUAUGAGAAUACGAUUCUACUCUGGUAGUUACGGGACCACAGGAACAGGUUUCAAGCUGUCUGCCACUGGGGGUAAUUACGCAGUUUGUGAGCCACGACAUCUGGAAGCAGAUGAGUAUUAUAGCUACGAUUUAACAUCGCCUCGGUAUCCGCUCUCUUAUCCAAACAAUGCCGACUGUACAUGGUUCAUAUCAACCAAUUCCUAUGACCAUGCCAUUACUUUGCAAGUGGUGGUAUCUGACAUUGAAUAUUCUGCUGGCUGUUGGAAAGACUACGUUGAGGCAUUAGAUGGGCAGUACACAUCUUCACUAUCCCUUGGACGAUGGUGCGGUAUUCUUAACCCAACAAAGACAAGUUCUGGCAGCUCGAUGACAGUUCUCUUUCAUAGUGACCAAUCUCACACGGAAGGCGGUUUCAAGAUAUCAUAUUACUCAAAGCAAAGGAACCAAAAUGAGAAUGGACCGGUCGAGUUCAAUACUGGUGCACUUUUCGGAGGAUUGGCUGGAGGUGGGCUCUUGCUUGCUAUCCUUAUCCUUUGUGCAAGGUCAUAUAAGAAACGAAAGUUAACAGAAAUGUCUCGAGCAGAUGUAAGGACAAGACCUGCUUAUUUGACCACACCAGUUGGGCAAUUGUCUACCCCAACCCCGGAAUAUACGGUAGGGUACAGUCAGCAACAGGUUUCAAUCCAGCCAAUGAACACAGGGGAAUACUACAACACCGCUGUGUUUGACCCACCGCCUUCCUACGAUGAAGUUAUAAAGAAUAACACCGAAUUCCAGGUACCUCCCCCUUACAGUAGUAUUCCUGAUAACUCUACAACGAACAGUAAUACAGCAGACAGCCAGGCCGAUGACGCACGGUUGUAGCAAUUGUACUUGCGUCAGAAAGGCUAUGCAAUGUUUUUAUUUGAUAUCCAAGGUCAACAUUUACUUUAGUGGAAUAUAAGCACUGGAGAGUAUUGGUCCACGACAGCAGCCAAGUGACUGGGCAGUGAACGUUGUGUUGCCGACUGUGUCAAUCCUGACAGAGAAGGAUGU